AUGCCUUAUACCGGCAGAGACCUUGAUCGCUCCACCCCCAGCCAUGAGGGGCACAGCACAGCGCUUGUUCCCUGUGCCAAUAAUCUCGUCCCUAAACCUAGCAAUACACUCCUGCCGCGCCCGGUAGCCUCUCUAGUGACUCUCUUCGCUCAUUCGACCUCCCUUUCGCUGCGCGUAGGAACCUAUUUGGGCGGCUUCGCAAUCGAUAGCGUUCGGGCAACUACACUUACAAGUCUAGAGUUGAGCCGGGCCGUGGUGGAGGGAAUAUUAAUAAGAGCUGGUCGAGAUAUUGUUUCGAGGAGCAGUGAUGACUAUGGCAGGGUAGAGGCGGAGUCUUUACUGGAGCGCAGCUUGGCAACUCUGCAUUCUACAAUUACCUCUGCGUCCUUCUUCGCCUCAGCGAGCUUCCACCUUUCAUCUACCACCCUUACUUCGGUUGCCCAUUUUUCUCAGUCCCUCCUUUCCACUCUCGACGCAAUCCUCGGCUCGUCCGAGUCUUCCAGGGCAAUCGCAUCCAUUAUUACAUUGAUUCGAAGAGAGUUCCGCAAUCCUGACACUGUUGCAUAUGGCGGUAAAGUUGGUAUUGCCGAUCUACUCGUCGGCUGCAUAGGUUUCGCGAUGCUACAGCGGAUGGGUCGGCGAAACACGGAACGAGAGUUCAGGGAAAACGGCAACGAGGAGACCAUUUGGGAUGUUGUUAUUUUGGACAAUGGGUUGAGGGCGGAUGUUGUUGGCACUCAACGUACCGAAUACCCAACUGCUGUCGACAGCCUUGAUAACCCACCUCCUCGCCCGGCAUCGUUCCUAGCAACUGAAGGUGCAGGUACAGAUGGAGAUUUCCAAGCAUUAGAGAGGGAGUCGACACCGUUCAAUCCCCUUGGCCGACUUGUUCCGCAUGUAUCUCUUCCAGCGGAUCGCCAACAUGCACUCUCUGAUGAGGAGAUACGGCGGUACAUUGUGGAUCAACUUCCACGCGGCUCGCACGCUGCUAUCAGAACCGAUAGUGUUACUGCAAGGACGAUUACUGUGGACGUUUUUGAUAAUCAACAUAAUUUUAUAGAAAUCGCCCCCCCUCCAGGAACCGCCCUCAUUAAGGAAAGUUUUCAUGACUCUAAAGACGCCGACGAUAUCACCAUGGUAACCGAAUCCCAAUUACCGAAGCAUUCCGUCGUAUUUCAAACCAUCUCGAAUCAGUCUCAUACUUCUGAACUGCGUCCGGACCGAAAUAUAUCUAGAGAACCGUCAGUAGCCCGCCCCAGUGGCCCCCGCUCGAGGGUAUCUCAGAGGCCCGCUACCAAACGGUCCAAGACUGGUAGCUGGGUAAAUGACUCGACCCCCGCCCCCUCCUUCGAUCUUGAGCCCAUGGACGUCGAUAUGCCCACGGUUUCACCACGGCGUCCUUCCAUUAAACGCACGAACUCAGACUCUUCAGCUAGUGGCACAGAAACACCUCGAGCUUCGCGGCAGAAGAUUUCUAUGGCCAAGGCAACACACAAGCUUAUAUCCAACGCUGAGGCAAAAAUAGGGAAUAUGACCACUCUGAAGAAACGACCACCAGUGUCAUCAGGUCAUAGCCGCCAUGCCUCUGAGUUCAGUGCGGAUGACACCCUUAGUAUCAAAGCCCGAAUCCGAGGCAGGUCUAAGCCAGGUUCACGUGUCGCAGAUCAAAAAUCAAAACUACUACCUGCCCUAACACUAUCGUCUCGAAAAACCGAAACCAUAGAGCCAAAACAAUCCGAAGAGCACCCUUCUGUUGGCUCUUCCGACUACUUUCGAGGCCGAGAGUACUUUUCAUCUCAUGAAAAAAGCGUUGAAUCUUAUAUGGCUCGCACCGAUGCGUAUUCGUUACAUUCUCUCCCUAAAACACCCUCUUCACCUAAAGUUGCCAGGAAUCAUAUAUCUAGCACGAGCUCCCUAUCAAAGGUGAAAUCUGAUGGCGAUAUGCAACGACUAUCAAGUGAUACUAGCCGCCCGUGCAGCCCUAUGCUGUCGCGCAGAAACUCGACCAGAUCCCUCGCGCCGACUAUCUAUUCUCUUGCGGCAGCUGAUUCGAGGGCUUCACUGGUACUUGCGCCUCGGUUUAUCAGAAGCAUAUAUGAAGACCAAGAUACACUUUCAGCUCUUUCUAGAGAUGGUAAAUUUCCAGGUCUUUUCCCUUAUAAUCAUCUCGUUCACAACAUUCAACGUUUUUCGAGGUUCUCGUCUGCCUCGUAUGGGUCAAAUUUCCUGAGAGUCAUGGGUAUUGCUACUGGGCCACAGGACUGGCAAAAUGAAGAAAUGGACCAUCAUGAGCACGGCUCGUUCUCCAAUCAUACGGGACUACCCCCUUCAACUAUCUUACUCUCUUCUUUUGUGGAUCCUGCGGGUGGUUCAAAUUCUUCUGGAGAGACCCAAGAUGGGUUUCCGUUGGUGCAUUACCUAACAUUAGAUCAUGAGUCAAAAGCUGUGGUUCUUACACUUAGAGGGACCUGGGGUUUUGAAGAUAUCCUUACAGAUAUGACAUGCGACUACGAUGACUUACAUUGGAUGGGUAAAACCUGGCAGGUUCACAAAGGGAUGCUGGCAUCCGCCAAACGUUUACUCGAAGGAGGUGGCGCGCGUGUGAUGGCAACUAUAAAAGCGGCACUAGAGGAAUUCACCGAUUACGGCGUCGUGUUUUGCGGUCAUUCAUUAGGUGGCGGUGUCGCUGCGCUUCUUGCAGUGCUUACAUCAAGACCCAAUGACACCGACUUACGCGGACCGGCGUUUGUGACUACAUCUACCCACGCUGGCAGCACUGAUAGCAAUACUCAGCGUCUACAAGGACAAUUUCGACUACCGGCUGGCCGGCCCAUUCAUGUAUACGCAUAUGGUCCGCCAGCAGUUAUGAGUCCACCAUUACGCCUUGCCACCAGGCGCCUGAUUACGACCAUGGUCAAUGGACAGGAUGUUGUUCCCACUUUAUCAUUAGGCGUCUUGCAUGAUUUCCAUGCUGUUUCACUUUCAUUCAAAAGCGACGUCGCUGACGCCAAAUCUUACGUGAAAUCCCGAGUUUGGGAUAGCAUCAGCCGCAGCAUCGCCAACAAACUGUACAUCAACCAGCCUCCUCUGUUGGUACAUGCUGGUAAUGGUGUGGGUGAGGAUUCUUGGGCGUGGAACACGCUUAAAUCCCUUCGAAGUCAAUUGACUGCCCCAAAGCUCUUACCGCCGGGUGAAGUCUUUGUGGUUGAUACGAUGCGUGUCCUUCAACGAGAUGCCUUUACUCUGGAUACCCCUACCAGCGAUGGAUAUCCACGGUUGGGUCGUCCUGCCACCAGGGUACAGCUAAGAUUUAUUCGCGACGUGGAAGCCAGGUAUAGAGAGAUCAGAUUCGGCUCUGGGAUGCUGGGCGAUCAUAGCCCUGGAAGAUAUGAGGCGAGUUUGGCGGUUUUGGCGAGAGGGGUUCUAGAGGAGUGA